AUGGGGAACGACGUUCCCCUUAUCACUACACUGCUACAUCAGUUAGCAACAGUCUUCAAAAUUCGAGAUUUGGGUACACCGGGGUUCUUUCUCGGGAUUGAAACAAUCAAGCAAGAUACGGGUAUGCUGCUAUCUCAACGUCGCUAUAUGAAUGAUAUCCUCACACGUGCUGGAAUGGCUGACUGCAAGCCGCUCACCACACCAGCAGCUGUAACUCAGUCUGUGUCCCCGACUGAGGAAUCGUGUGAUAAUCCGACUCAAUAUCGUCGUCUCGUAGGCGCUCUCCAUUAUCUGACUAUCACCAGGCCGGACUUGGCAUACGCUGUUAACCGUCUGUGCCAGUUCAUGCACUCACCUACAGUGGAUCAUUGGGGUCUUUUGAAGAGGGUUCUACGGAAGAGUACAAGUGGCUAUGCGGUGUUUCUUGGCUCGAAUCUCAUUUCUUGGUUAUCUAGGAAGCAGCGCACCGUUGCACGUUCGUCGAUUGAGGCCGAAUACAAGCCUCUUGCAGAUGUUUCUGCUGAGGUCACUUGGGUUGUGUCUCUGCUUCGUGAGUUGGGUAUGCACACUGGCAAGCCUUCUACGCUUUGGUGCGACAAUCUCGGAGCCACUUAUCUCUGCGCAAACCCAGUUUUUCACGCCGGGACGAAACAUGUGGAAAUCGACUAUCAUUUUGUCAGGGACAAGGUUGGUUCUGGAGACAUGGUUGUUAACUUCAUAUCCACCAAGGAUCAACUGGCGGACAUCUUCACCAAACCGUUGCCAGGACCCCGGUUCACUACUCUACGAGACAAGCUCAACGUGGUUAUGCACCACCCUUGUGCUUGA